AUGCUGAAUCCCGGGAUUUAUGUUCUGGGCCUGUCUGAGACAUCUGGCUCCUUCACGCCAGUGCGGUCUGGCGUGGUUGUCCUGAGCCAGCCGCCAGUUCCCUGCAAUUUCGGCGAAUUCAUCAAAGUAAACAAUUUGGCCUACCGCUAUGACUCCCGCUUGAAAUUGGUGGAUGUCCAAUCUGGGUCACAGGAGACCUGCGUGGCUGUGCCUAAGACCUGGCUGAACGUGGACCAGUGUACAGUUCAGGUCUCAGGCCUCCAGGCCAGCGUGGGCCCGUGCGGCACGCUCUCCCGACAUGCUGACGCGCUUGGCCAGAAGCAAGGGGAGUACCGAGAUAUCUUCGUUAGCUGCGCAAGCGUUGCGGCCAACUCCGUCGUUUCCGUGAGUGGUGUGGCUUUUGGACACGUGAUCACCCAUGAUGCAAAGGUAUAUGUGCAUGAAGGGAGCGUCUAUGACUUCUCGAGUUGGGUCACCGAACAUCCGGGGGGAGCUGGGAAGAUCACCAAGUGGACGAGCAGCGGCUACGAGCUUGUUUAUCCUGCCAGCCACGCAAUGUCCCGUUUCGAAACAGCGCUGGCCGACAAGAAGCUGCAAUAUGCGCUUUGGAUGAGCUUAACAUGGAUGGUUGUCCCUGUUUCUGCUGCUUUCAAGAGCUUCGUGUUAGGUGGGAACGCUUGGGGAGGAGAUCAGAUAUCUGAGCCUUCCUACGACACUCCAGUCCGAGCGUGCCCUUCACCUGGUGAGGUGGCCAAUGAACCUGAGCUUGGGAACAACAUACCCUUCUUCAUGUACUUUGAGUCCUUUGCCACCGCAGAGGCAGACUUCGAUUUUGAUCAUCCCAGCAAGAACUUUGAUUCCAGGAUGUGGGUCAACUACUACGAUAUCCUCGCGAGGGGCGCCUUCGGGAACUACUUCGAUUUGCUUCGGGAAGUGACCUUGAGUCCUCUGAUGGGCGAAUACUUGUCUUUCUUUAGGAACACGGCCUUUGACCACGACCAGAACUAUCCGGAUGAGAACUAUGCGCGGGAAGUGAUGCAGCUCUUCACGGUGGGCACUGUAAAGCUUAACCCAGACGGCUCAGAGGUCCUUGUUGGAGGCAACCCUGUGCCCACCUAUGACAAUGAGGACAUCAUGACCUUUGCCAGCGUUCUCACGGGUUUUGACCGGCAGCUGACGCGCAGCAACCAGGAAGUUGUCAAGGGGAAUGUCAUUGAUCCAAUGCAGAUGAAAGCAGAGUGGCAUGACGCCUACCCGAAGAUGGACCUUGAGGACAACUACCUCGGUGAUGGAUAUCCGCUCUGCGAAGAUCUGCCUCAGGGCGCUUUUCUCUCGAAAGGUGCGCGCUUCGAAUUCUUCGGAAGCCAGUACGGAUUCAAUGACGCGCUUACCCUCCACAGCUCGUCCCCGUUAUACACUGCCCUCUGCGCCCCCGAUGCUUCGAGCAAUUGCAGCUUCCAGGCAUCCGUAAUUCUAUCGCAGGAUCUGUCCUGCCAUGGAGACGAAUGCGACGCGACGCUUCCUGCCAUUGUGAAGGUUGGUGCAGCAUACUACGAGUUCGUGCCUCCUGCAUGUGUGCACCUCUAUUUCUUUAACGGCAAGAUUGCCACGGAUGGAGGCAGCAAGCGGGACUGGGCCAGCAAGAUCGUAUGCACCAAUCCAGGGACCUUUGCUGGAGGCAGCUACUGUUGUGAUGGCUGCUCCAACAACCGGCCUCCCAGCUGGGUGCCAGAUAAGUUCUGUGAGAAUCGGUCCAGCUCCACUUUCUCAAGCAGCUGCAUCAACACAAACAAUUGGGUGAACAACAAAUACUGCGAGCUACGCUGCUUCCAGGAAGGCCUUGGAUAUGGCAGGGACUGUACAUCCGGAGAUUAUCGCGAAGCUCACAAGUGUGGUUUCUAUCAGGAGAAGGUGCCUUAUUCCAGAGCCGUCAACCACUGCAGCAGCCUGGGCAUGCAGAUCUGCGAUAGGGAAACCAGUUUGACCACCUGUGGAUACAACGAUGAUGAUGGAAGAAUCUGGACGCAAGUGAAUUGCAGCAUCAAUGUGUCUGUGGAUGAUACUGGCAAAGUCACCUCGCAGAAGGAUGAGGACACAAAGAUGAACAAGAUCCGUGUCAGCUGGACGAACGGUCUUAGUCCCGACGUCAGCGCCUGCCCCGCAGACUGCAGCACUGGGGACAACUCCUGCAUUUGUCCAAUAUCGGUGGAGUUUCAGACAGCUUUUGACCGAGUUCCUUCUGUGCAAGAGCUGCAGCAGCUGAAAAUUGGGGCUUUUGCCCCGUCUGGUGCUUGUGCCAGCUGCGGGGACGUCAAGGCGUACUACACAGGCGCUAUCGAUGAGGCAACCAUCUUUGAGCACCAAGGGAAAUACUACAAGAACGUCCGCAGCCAUGUUCACGUGGCGGGGAAGAGCUUCCGAAACCCGCCGCUGUUCGGCCUUAAGGAGAUCCCCAGCACGCGGUCGGCCAUGUGGGAGGUGGAAAGCAUGCUGGAGCACUUGGUGCAUCAUCAAAACACGGCUCCCUUCAUCGCUCUCCGCCUGAUCCAGCGCCUCGUGAGCUCGAACCCAAGCCCCGGCUACCUGACCGCUGCCUUCCGGACGGGGGCCUAUGGCGGCGAGACCUUCUCAGGCAAACAUGGGGAUCUGGCGGCCGCAGUGACGGCUGUGCUCCUGCAUCCAGAAGCACAGUCCUCCAUUGAGACGCGGGGAGCCAUGCGAGAGCCGCUCGUGAAGCUGGUGCACUUCCUGCGGGCUGCAGAAUUUGUUGAUGCCAACGGACGGGAGAUCAUGUUCCAGGAGCUCCAGGACCUCCUUGGCCAGGCGCCCUUCAUGUCGCCUUCAGUCUUCAACUUCUACCGUCCGGACUUUCAACCUAGCGGCAUGCCUGAUGGGCUUGUUGCUCCGGAGGCACAAAUCUUUGAAGGCGCCACGGUGGUGAACUUCUUGAAUGGCAUACUCUCUCUCAUCAAGAAUGCGGGGGUUACAGCUUGUGAUGGAGGCCUCGGCCUGGAGACGCAAAACUGCAGCCAGAACUCCUUCACAAAGAAUUGGGGCUCCAGCCCAAGCGAGAUUGUUGAGGAGGUGAACCUGCUUCUCACGGGUGGCCGCCUUACUAACCACUCUCAAGAGAUUGUGCAGGCGGCUUACGAGAACGAGGGGAUCCAGGCUAUGCAGGAGGCUGUCGUCUUGGCUCCGGAGUUCAAUGCCCUUGGGGACCCCAAGCCCCAAGGCCCCCGCAGUAGUGACUCUACAGCUGCAUCUCCUCACACCCCAGCCUCCUACAAGGCUCUGAUCAACAUGUACCUGGGUGGAGGGGCAGACACCUUCAACCUUGUGGUCCCAAUUGACUGUGCACUUCACACAGAAUACCAGACAGUCAGGAAGACAGCAGCCAUGCAAAGCGCGAAUCUGCUCGAAGUCAGCACCUCUGGGCAGAGUUGCAGUAAGUUUGGCAUCCACUACAAGCUGCCUUUCCUGCACACCUUGUACCAGGAAGGGCGUGCUGCUUUUGUCAGCAAUAUCGGCUCCUUGGUCGAGCCGAUGGACAAAAACGACUACUUCAAGGGAUCGAAGACCACCUGCACCGGUCUCUUCUCCCACUCCGACCAGGUGGAGGCGGCCCAGACCCUGAAGUGCCAGGUGCGGGGCUCCGGUCCCAAGGGAGUUGGGGGGCGCAUGGCCGACUCGCUCAGCCAGUCCCAAAAGCUGAGCACCAUGAGCUUUUCGCUUCAAGGUCGUCAGACUUGGUCCCAAGGCGUCUACACCAGCCAGGUUGGGGUGCCUCUCACAGGCGAGGUUCCCACGCUUUUGAAUUACACUGGCAAGCGGCAGCUCCUGCAAGACCUCACGCAGCAGGAGCUCGGCAACAUCUACUGCGAGGAGUAUGCCAAAAGCGCUGGGGCCCUCGUCGACAAAAACCAAGAACUCUUCGAUCAGCUGGCGAACGUUACCCUCAUGACAACCUGGGAUAUUCCUACUGGCACUGCAGGGAACCUCAUGAAGACUUUGCAGGCUGUGGCCAAACUCAUCGUUACACGCAACGAGCGGCAGGUCGAACGUGACUUCUUUUAUGUGGAGUUAAGGGGUUUCGACACCCACAACGAACUUCACGAGGUCAUGGACGAAAACUUUGACUACCUCAAUAUUGCUUUGGAGGCUUUCGUGGCGGAGCUCAAGGCCCAAGGCCUCUUCGACGCCGUCACCAUGGUCUCCUCGUCUGACUUCGGGCGAACGCUGACCUCCAACGGCAAGGGAACAGACCACGGAUGGGCCGGCAACCACUUCGUUCUGGGAGGUGCCAUCCGCGGUGGAAAGGUUUUCAACGACUAUCCCGAAAGCCUGCUGGAGGGCAACAAUCAGGAUGUUGGUCGUGGGCGGCUCAUUCCCAAAUAUCCCUGGGAGAGCAUCCUCCUUCCGGUUUCGGAAUGGAUGGGUGUUAGUGCAGCAGAUCAUAGCACGAUUUUCCCAAAUCUUGCUAACUUUAAUUCAUCAUAUAUACUUUCCACGAGCACGCUGUUUGACUGA